UCUUCCUCCUCCCUCCUCUCCCACUGCAGGUGUCCUCCGCGGACGUUCCUCCCAGCGCUCUGUAAGAUCUUCCUGGAUGAGAGCGCUCCAGAUAACGUGCUGGAGGUCACAGCCAGAGCCAUUACCUACUACCUGGACGUGUCUGCGGAGUGCACCCGGAGGAUCGUGGGAGUGGACGGGGCCAUCAAGGCGCUGUGCAACCGGCUGGUGGUGGUGGAGCUCAACAACCGGACCAGCAGAGACCUGGCCGAGCAGUGUGUGAAGGUGCUGGAGCUGAUCUGUACCAGGGAGUCUGGUGCUGUGUUCGAGGCCGGCGGUCUGAACUGCGUGCUGAGUUUCAUCAGGGACAGCGGCCAUCUUGUUCACAAGGACACCCUGCACUCGGCCAUGGCCGUGGUGUCCCGACUCUGCAGCAAGAUGGAGCCUCAGGACUCGUCUCUGGAGACCUGCGUCGAGUCCCUGUCCAGCCUCCUCAAACACGAAGACCACCAGGUGUCCGACGGCGCCCUGCGCUGCUUUGCCUCGCUGGCCGACCGGUUCACUCGCCGUGGCGUGGACCCCGCCCCUUUAGCCAAACACGGCCUGACAGAGGAGCUGCUGUCCCGCAUGGCAGCUGCCGGUGGCACGGUGUCGGGCCCCGCCUCUUCCUGUAAGCCUGGCCGGACCUCGACGGGCGCCGCCCCCUCGGCCCCGGACUCCAAACUGAGCAACCAGGUGUCGACCAUCGUCAGCCUGCUGUCCACGCUGUGCAGAGGGUCGCCGCUCGUCACGCACGACCUGCUGCGUUCGGCGCUGCCCGACUCGAUGGAGUCCGCUCUGGGAGGAGACGAGCGCUGCGUGCUGGACACCAUGCGGCUGGUGGACCUCCUGCUGGUGCUGCUGUUUGAGGGACGGAAGGCGCUGCCCAAAUCCACAGCGGGGUCGACGGGGCGGAUCCCCGGCCUGCGACGCCUGGACAGUUCAGGGGAGCGAUCGCACCGACAGCUCAUCGACUGUAUCCGCAGCAAGGACACGGACGCUCUGAUCGACGCCAUCGACACCGGAGCUUUCGAGGUGAACUUCAUGGACGACGUUGGACAGACGCUGCUCAACUGGGCUUCAGCUUUUGGCACACAGGAAAUGGUAAUAACGAGACUUGAACUGACUCUUCUGUUGAUUAGCCACAUUAGCUGCUUGGAUUUAGUUCCAGACUGAAUGUUAACCAUUGGA